UGCAUGUGGGUAGAUAAAGGAUGUCCAUGAGACACAUCUGGAGGAGUGUUGAUACAUUUUCACACGGCUGUAUAGAGAAAUGCCAAACCGCUUUGAAUGUGCUUCUGCAUCGCACAACGCCAAGACUGCUCUCGCUGUAGCUGUGCUUGAACUGCUCUCACUGUAGCUGUGCUUGAACUGCUCUCACUGUAGCUGUGCUUGAACUGCUCUCACUGUAGCUGUGCUUGAACUGCUUCCACUUGUAGUAAAUGGCUGUUUUUGAAGAGGGAAGGAUCUUUUUAAAAGGCAGAAUUGGGACAGCCUUAUGUCGGCACUGGUAACUAGCGUAGAGGACUUUCCGCUGAACAUGGCAAACAGAUCGUUUGAUGACCAAUACAAGGGCUGCGAAAAGGACAUGCGGAACAAGGUUCUGAAAACUCUUCUGAAAAAUGAACUCGAGAAGAACGCCGAUUUUAAAACGGGGUGGAAGAAAGGGGAAGGAAGCUGGGAAAGACUGAAUAAAAAAGUUCCACUUCCUCCUGGCAUGCUGAAAGAUCAUGCCGUAGCGAUCCAGGCUUAUACGUGUGGAUCAUCGCUUUACAAGACCUUUAAUGCAGCCGUGAGAACCAACGGCACAAGUCUGAAAGAAUACCAGAACCGCUUCCUGUACAAGUCCCUGCACUUCCUCCUUACCGACGCCGUCCGCAUUUUGAAAAAGCGUGAGGCUGAGAAAUGCCACGAAGUGUACAGGGGCGCCACAGAUUCGUUUUCGGCAAAGGAAGGCGAACGCGUUCGGUUCGGGCAGUUUGCAUCGAGCAGCCUGUCCGAGAAAGUGGCAAAAAAGUUUGGGAACGUGACCGCUUUUAAAAUCAAAACCUGUCUUGGCAUUCCCCUGGGUAAUCUUUCUGCAUUGCCACAUGAGAAAGAGGUCCUGAUUCCGCCCUUUGAGGUGUUUCGUGUGGUCUCGGUGAAAAACAGACAAACAGGGAGGAGUAUUAGGCUGGUGCAUUCCGAGAGCUUUAGCAAAUUCAACUGCGCUCUGAUUAAAAAGCCUCGAAGAGGAAAGAUCGUAUUUAUCUGACCCGAAUUCUUCUCUCCUGUCUAACUGCGCAGAUUUAUUCCAACACCUCAAGAUUUGUCAUUGAUACAUUUUAUAGACCUACGUGCAUGAAAACACCCGGGUAUGCUCCUCUCGUUUUCAGUUUGUUUAAUGUAUUUACAGCCCCUAAUGGGUACCAUGAGUUAAAAAGCCGCAUUGCUUCUCUUUCCCAAUGAGCCUACUGGAAAUUAAACACGGGACCUGCAACGUUCUGGGCAGCUGUACCGUUUAGAGGCAAGGAAGCAUUUCGGCUGUUUUAAUUCCUACUGCAAACGUACAUGUACGUUGAGAAUUGCCCCGACAAACACCUAAAUUAGACUCCCUUGAAGGUAGUUUCCCUUUGAAGACCCCCCCCCCCCCCCUUUAUUAUUUUUAAAACGUUCCACUUUAAUAAUUUAAAGACUUCAAAUCACAUUCCUCCCCCUAAUUAUACAGCUCUGGCCAAAAGUUUUGCAUCACCUAGAAUUUUUGGAUUGAAACCAUAUUUAAAAAUAAAUAAAUAAACAAAGUUAAUUUAGAUACCUUUUAUCAUGUAAUCAAAGAAACUAAAAAAUGAUAUUGCAACAAAAAGUCUAUACCGGAAGCCAUAAUAGUAGUACAGUAAUAUUUUGUUAGAUUUCGAAAAUGUCAAAUUUAAUAAAAAAAUAAUCUUUUUUUUUUCAAUCCAGUAUGUUAACAUAACAUUUAGGUUUCAUUCAACUUUAUGAAGCAACAUUAGUUAAUUCUACAGGGUGAUGCAAAACUUCUGGCUACAGCUGCAUUUUCGAAAUAAAUUCAAUUUCUUCUAUCUUCAUAGAGCAUAAGUGUCCCCUUUUUUUAAAAAAAAAAACAAUGAACAAAUUAAAGAUUUGAUCGUCUUUUUUAUUCUUGGUUUUUAAUUACGCUGUAGUGGGAGAAGAAUUCAGAAUGUUUCUUUUUAAAGCGAUUAAUAAAGCAAUUGCAAGCUUGCAUUAAUUAAUAGCUUGAACUGGGUUAUAGCUGCAUAAAUAACAAGUCCGUAAUUCUGAAAUACUGUAAGGCUUCGCUUCAAUAAAGCACAUUUCAAAAACACUGGAGUUGUGGAUUCAUUUUGUUUUAUUUUAUUUUUGUCGGCGACCCUACAGGUGUCUCCCUUUAUUUAUCGACAGAUUUUUAAAACAC